AUGAUAAUGAUUCAUUUUGAUAACACGUACCGAUUGCAAUCAGAAUCUAGUAUAUAAAGGCUUAGGUUGAACAAAUCAGAUAAAAAAUUGUUAAUCGAUAUAUGAAACACAAUAAGUGUAUUUAAGAUACUUGUUACAAGUUAAGACAGUAAGUGGCCUAACAUCAACAUAGAUACUAAUUACUAGUUGAAACAAGUAGAAAUUGAACUUUAUAAUUUUGACACAGGUAACGUUUUUCUUAUUUUUAUCAAACUUUAUUUGACGUUUAAUAUUCUCGUAGUAUCUGGCAGUAAAUAAAUGUUCGAUUUAUUAUGUUAAUUUUAAAAUCUUCUGGCAAAAUGUAUUAAAAAUUCUUCAUUUUCUUUCAGAAAUAAUCUUAUUAUUAUUAUUUGUCACAAAAGUUUUAUUUCAUUUAGCUUUAUUUCAAUUCGCUUUUAUGUUAAAAAGUAACGAUAAAAAUUCAAUUUACUAUGUUUGAAAUCAGUGAAAUAUUUAUAUUGAAAAUUCUUCGUUUCCUUUUAGAAAUAAUCUUCAUUAUUUGUCAUGUCUAUUCAUUAUCUGAUUCAGCUUUAUUUUGUUUCAUGUUGAAAAAAUAACGAAGCGAUUGAUCGCAAUUUGUAAUAUAUGCACACCUGUGUCAAUUUAAAGAUCAAAGAUACAUUCGAAAUACAAACGUGACGCUUGACGAUGUAACUAUCCAGGCUUUUUUUUCUUCAAAAAAAUUUUUCACGUAUUUUGUCUCCUGAAUAUCUGUUUUACAAUCCUAAAGUUUAAGUGAAUAAGGACUCUUUAUAACUGAUCAUAAUUGAUCAACAGAUAUAAAAAUUUUUAAUAUGCAUUAAAUAGAUCAACGUAUUUAUGUUUCUACUAUAAAUCAUAAUUCAUUUAAACAAAAAAUUAAAGACCAAUAUCAAAAAUCAAAAAUUUUAAUUUAUAUAAAGGAAAGAACACGGUAAACAUGAUGAGAAUUUUUAAUACACUUCAUACACAAACUUACUUCAAAUUAAUCUGGAAAAGAUUAAUCUACUAUCCGGAAACAUAAAAAUAUAAUUAUCGACUGCUCAUGAAAUGCCGGGGACAUAUAAAUAUUCAUUUUAGAUGAAAUGUAUUACAAACAAAAACCACAAAGUACAUGCAUAAAUCAGCUGCAUGCGUAAACUUUCCCGUAAACACCGCGGACUUGUUAGGUUUUUCGUUUUGUAGAUUUUCAGUGAUGAAAUUUUAAUUAUUAAUAUUUUUAAAAAUUAUUUCAGAUGUUGAAGACAGUGUUCCUGAUUGUUUCCUUAUCCUUCGUCAUUUCAGUCAUGAAUGCCGAUAGUAAAUAUCAAAAAUUACUAAUAAAACUAACUUUAUCCUUAAUAUGUUUAUUUUUAAACUUUAUUACCGAUAUUGUUAAUUAAUUUUGUAAUCCUAAAUAUAUUCUAUUUUAUUUAAUUGCAAUAAUAGGCUAUUAAAUCGUAAUACAUAUUACCGUUUUCACUAUACCAGGGAGGAUCGUUUGUUAUUAUGGCAGUUGGGCAGCAUAUCGUCGUGGACUUGGACAAUUCGAACCGACCGAUAUAGAUCCAACUCUAUGCACUCAUAUAAUCUAUACUUUUGUUGGUAUUUCUCAAGACGGUGAUGUUAGAAUAUUGGAUUCAUGGCUGGACCUACCGAAUGGUCGAGAUGGUUUCGGAAAAUUUACCAGACUGCGCCAGUUAAGUCCAGAAACUAAGGCAUUGAUAGCAAUAGGUGGUUGGAACGAGGGUUCCCAGACGUUUUCUGAGGUCGCGGAAAAUCGUGAUAAGCGUGCACGAUUCGUCCAGAAUGUGAUUGCCUUCGUAAAGGAAUACGAUUUCGACGGCUUUGAUGUUGACUGGGAAUAUCCGAACCAGCGUGGUGGCAAACCAGCUGACAAAGAGAACUUUGUUAUCUUGAUGAAGGAAUUAAGAGAAGAAUUUGAUAAACAUGGUUACAUCCUUAGCGUGGCGGUCGGCGCAGCCGAAAUUUCUGCCUCGAAAUCUUACCUUAUUUCAGAAAUGUCGCAAUAUCCUCACUUUAUUAAUUUAAUGACGUAUGACUUUCAUGGAUCGUGGGACAACUUCGCAGCAAUUAACGCUCCGCUAUACCCUUCUUCUACAGAGUCUGGAAAUGAAGCUAAACUCAACGUGAAAUCGUCUGUUCAAUAUUGGCUCGAACAAGGCGCACCAGCUAACAAACUUGUUCUUGGUAUUCCCGCUUACGGUAGAUCCUUUACCUUGUCGAAUGCCUUGUAUAAUACAAUAGGUUCUCCAACAAAUGGUCCUGGGAAACCUGGUCCUUACACACAAGAAAGUGGCAUGCUUGGUUACAACGAAAUCUGCGAGUAUGUUAAAGAAGGAUGGACCGUACAACGUGAAUCUGAACAACGUGUGCCUUAUGCUUUCAAAGGCAACCAGUGGGUUGGAUACGAUGACACU